UUUUCAGAAAGUUUGAUUGUAGAAAAUGCGUCUUAGUAUUUAUCAAGGUCUGUUUUUAAUUUGUAAGUUCCUUCCAACAUCUGCUGAGCAAUGUACAUCAGAAACUUUCCGAAUAAAUCCAGAUAAGCGAGACGUAAAGUUGCAAGGAUUUACUUAUCGUACAUUUGAAAAAAUAUCACCGCGGGCAUGCUUCCAAAAAUGUAUCCGACGAAAACGAUGUCAUUCUUACAACUACAACAGAGCUUCUCUUAGAUGUGAACUGAAUUUGAACUCAAUUUGUGUUUCUGAUGGCAAUUUUCACAAUGAUAUUGGUUAUAUCUACGUUGAGAUGGAUCAUUACAGAGGGGAUCCACUUUUUGACCCUUGUGUUGGAAAUCAAUGCGCCGAAGGUGAAGUGUGUGAAAGCCUUCAAAAUAGAAAGGUCGUUUGUCUAAAGGACGACUGUAAAAUACCUAAAGAAGAACUUAAAAAUGUGGCGCCUGGUAAGACGUCUGGACAAAGCUCAGUAUAUGGUAAUGCAAUUGCAGCAAUGGCUCUAGAUGGAUUAUUAAGUACUCACCAGCACACCAAUGAAGAAAAGUUCCCUUAUUGGUGGGUUGAUCUAGGAAACAUGCACAACAUCAUGAGAAUUGAAAUUAUCAAUGCACUCAAGCCUGGCUACGGAAACAGACUACAUAACCUUGACAUAUCUGUUGGACCAUGCCUCGAUGAUUUGUCGUUAUUUGCACAUUUCAAAGGACCCGGUAUAAGCGAACAACAUCUGGUUUUCGAGCGCAGACAGUAUACAGAUGGUCGUUAUGUCAAACUGACCAUCAAAGGUCAUACAGCUUUACACGUGUCAAUGGUUCACGUCUUUGCUUAUCCAAUAUGUUGAAUAAUGAACAGAUUAAUUCAAGCUUAACCUCAUCGAUUAUCGAACUCACGUAACGAUAUUAUAGUUAUAAAGUUUAGGACAAUAAUGAAUAAAAUAUUGAUAUAAAUGAACAAGAAUAUAGGAACAGGUUUAUUGUAAAUUAGUGAAAGUUUAUUAUAUAAUAUGAAUUUGGUGAUUUCAUAGGAGAUUACAUUUUCUUUAAAUACAUGCUUUACUGGUGCGAUUGAAGAAUCAUAAAGUUACACGUAUGAAACAGUAAAAUUGCCUGUUGAAAAAAAUCUAUAUAACUAUAAAAAAUCCCUCUGUAAAGAUUUUUUACAUUUAAUUGGAAGCCUUUUGUUCCCCAAUUUGAUAAUCAGAAAACAAUCCAAGAGACGUUGGGAUAUAAAGUGUUUGCAUCUCUUUGAAAGUUAAACCAAACGGGUUUAAAAAAAAGAAAUCAAAGUAUAUUUGCCCAUUAUACGGCUGAAUUAUAGCAAAUUAUACAACUGUUCACCAAAUUUAAAUUCAAGGGUUGUAAAUAAUUAUAGGCAUUAAUACGGUCUUCAACAAUGAGAAAAACUCAUACCGUAUGUAGUCCUCAACAUAAAAAAUAUUGAAUAAACUUAUUGCUUAAUUUUUAACCAAACAAUUUAAGAACAACAAAUAUGACAGAAAUGAACCAAAUAAACCACUGAACUACAGUCUCCUUUACAUUUGGCUGUAAUGAAACGCUGAAGUUUCUUGUAGAUAAACUCAUCAUAAAUAACAGGAUUAAACGCACAUUUCAUCUACAAAAGACUCAUCAGUGACGCUCAUAUCCAAAAAAGUUUAAAAAAAAUCAAUAUAUAUUUUUUUUUUAAAGUACGAAGUUGAAAAGAAUUAAGGACCACAUUCCUAAAAGUUUUGCCAAAUACAGUUAAGUUAAAAUGUUCCUGAAGUAGAAAAGCCUUCGUUUUUCAAAAGUUCUCAAGUUUUGUAAACAGAAAAUUUGAAAUAUUACCAUAUCAAACAGUACCUGCGACCAAUGUGUUUCUCGGUUAUUUAUUUUUC